UGAGGGCACAUCUGCCGGAGUCCGAACUGCCUCUUUCGAGAGAGACUUGCACACCUCAGCUCGGGGCGUUUCGGUCACCAGUCACUUGGAAUUGUACUCUCCUUAUCAAGGCUCUCUCUGGUACCUGCCGAAAGACAUUCUGACAUGAAAAUGCAUGAUGUUAUCCAAUAUGUGCCAAUUAUUAUGAUAUCGCACAACAUUGGAACAUCGUCAUCUCUAUCCUUCAGGAAAAACGUCUUACAGUAAGAUUGAGAGAGGGAUUUUUGCCUGGUUGAGUACCAUCUAAACAUGCAACAUGAAUCCCACUAACAGCACUGGAGCUGGUGGGCUUGCGCCCUGGAACUUAAACAGCUCCUUGAGCAACAUUUCAAGUGAUGUCUUCUCAGCCAACCUCAGCUGUAAUGAUUCUGGCCCCAAUGAGACCUGUGUGGCGGGGGAGGAGGUGGUGGGAAGCCCCUAUAAAGCCGUGGAGAUGGUCUUCAUCGCCCUGGUUACAGGCUCCCUUAGCUUUGUCACUGUCACAGGCAACAUCCUGGUGAUGCUCUCCAUUAAAGUCAAUCGGCACCUCCAGACUGUCAACAACUACUUUCUGUUUAGCCUGGCGUGUGCAGACCUUAUCAUUGGUGCGUUCUCCAUGAACCUCUACACUGUCUACAUCAUUGUGGGCUAUUGGCCCCUGGGACCUGUAGCGUGUGACUUGUGGCUGGCCCUGGAUUACGUGGUGAGCAAUGCUUCUGUCAUGAACCUUCUUAUUAUUAGCUUUGACCGCUACUUCUGUGUCACCAAGCCCCUGAGUUAUCCAGCCAGAAGGACCACCAAAAUGGCUGGGCUGAUGAUUGCAGGUGCCUGGGUUCUCUCCUUCAUUCUUUGGGCCCCUGCCAUCCUGUUUUGGCAGUUUAUUGUUGGAGAGCGCACGGUUCCACCAGGAGAGUGCUACAUCCAGUUUCUCUCCAACCCUGCCGUCACCUUCGGCACAGCCAUCGCUGCCUUCUACCUGCCUGUGGUCAUCAUGAUGGUGCUCUACAUCCACAUCUCUCUGGCCAGCCGCAGCCGGGUGUCCAAGCAGAAGCCUGAGGCUGAGAAAAAGAAGAAGGGCCUCAAGAUACCUAACCCACUCAAGAGCCACAUCCUUAACAGACAGAAUAACAACAACCAGUCCCCCAAGCCCAGUCUGGAGUCCUGCAACACUGGUGAAGCUGUGAAGAAUGGCAAGAUUGAUGAGUCUGUUGUUUCCACCAAGGCUGACGCUAGUGUCAAUCGAGAAGAGAAAGAGAGUUCCAAUGACUCCAGCACAGCCAGCAUUGCCCCAAAAAACGCCAAGGAGAGGGCCAACAGUGAAGCCACUGUCGGGGCGGGGGUUGGUGUUGCUCCUGCACCAGGUCCUGCUCCUGCACCUGAAACUGCACCUGCACCUGCACCUGCAGCGGCAACCGUCAAACUCAACCCUACCUCUAAAUGGUCCAAGAUCAAGAUUGUAACCAAGCAGGCUGGUGACGAGUGCAUUACCGCCAUCGAGAUUCAGCCACCCAUCCAGGGGAGCGAGGGCCGCUCUAUCCCAGUCAACCGUCCCCGGAAGGUGGCGCGCAAGUUUGCCAGUAUUGCCCGCAGCCAGGUGAAGAGGAAGCGCCAGAUGGCAGCCAGGGAAAAGAAGGUGACCAAAACCAUCUUCGCCAUCCUGCUUGCCUUCAUCCUCACAUGGACCCCGUACAAUGUCAUGGUGCUCAUCAGCACCUUCUGCCACUCCUGUGUCCCAGACACUGUGUGGGCCAUCGGCUACUGGCUGUGCUACGUCAACAGCACCAUCAACCCAGCCUGCUACGCCCUCUGCAAUGCCACCUUCAAGAAGACCUUCAAGAACCUCCUCAUGUGCCAGUAUAAGAAUAUUGGAACAAGAUGAGCUGGAGCAUACAUACAGUAGUAGGGCUGGUGAGGGGUAAUAUUACUGAGACAUCUGGAGUGGUACAGUAGGAGGGGAGGAGGGAGCCUCCACAGGGAGCCUCCUCCUCAGUCAUGCUUAUGAAAUGAUGUCACACUCAAUGCUCCUCUGAGAUGUCUUAGCCACAGAAGAUAGUAACAUCAUAUCUAUGUCAAAAUGAUAAAGUAUAAAUAUGAAGUCCAAUGUGAGGAUCGUUCAAAUGAAGAAUCUGAGAUCAGCUAAAGUUAUGGACCCUUGAUGUGAAGACCAACAAGGACUAAUUCGUAUCCACUGAAAUGUGGUUACAAUCUUCAAGAAGCCCAGCUGAAUAUCAGUAGUCUAAGGCCAGGCCAACACCUCUCCAAGAUACCACCACCUAACCAGAGACACUGAGGGCAGUGUUACAUCAUGUCUGGGUGUACGGCAAAAGACACAUUUAAAAAGGAGCUUGGAAAUCUUCCUUUAUACAACAGUAUAAAAUGAAACAAGCAUGAGAUGUCUAAUUCAACUAUCCAUUUCCUCCUCUCCCUCCUCCUUAUUAUCGAGAGCGUUAUUAACUCCUCGCGGAAAUGGAGGCACUCCCUCACGUCAGUGAAUCAUUAUCAUAAUGUGAUAUGUGGUCAUAACAUGGAGAGAAAAAGACGAUACGGAUUCUUUGUUGUCGCAGACUGUCUAACCUCAAGGCUAGUUGCACGUACGCCCAAGUACUGCAAAAAUACUGCUGGUGACUUGAAAUAAGUUGUUACCCCUGAAAGUACAGUAUGUAUGCAUUUCCAUUCACCUAACGCUGACCGAAAUAUUGAUGUAUCUGUAUUUGCUCAAAGAUGAUCUUCAAAGGUGACAAACUGUUGAUGGCAGUACAAGGCCAUGGCAUAAAUUAACAGCCAGUGUUUGGCUCCAAACAAUUAAUGUAUCUUGUUGUUACGUUAUAAGGAGAAACACCCACAGGCAACGGUAAAGAUUUAAUUCUUUGCCAGAUUCACAAUUAUGAAAGUGUUUUUAAAAAUGUAUUUAGCCUUCACUGCGAAUGGAACUACCGGUACAAAAAACAAACACUUGUUUAUAGGGGAUACUUAUCUCGAGAGUAUUAAACAUAUUUUCUAUGUUAUCUCCUGCCUAAUUAAGAAUGUGUAAAUAGAAGGCCAUUGUAUGCUCUAAAAAGUGCAGUUUCUCUCAUGCUUUUCAUAUCUGAAUGUUUGUACCUCUCUUGUAUUAUGUUUGUGGUUUACACCUAAUUUUACAAAUUGAAUAUAAAAAAUAUAUAUAUAUAUAUAUAUAUAUAUAUAUAUAUAACUGUAUGUAUAUGCAAGAGAUAUUAAGAGAGUGUAUUUCUAAAUUGAUGUAAAGUCAGGAAUUAUGGGAAAACAUUUAAAGCAGUUGUUUUUGUUUUGAAUGCCAUUGGUGACUAAGUCCCUUAUAUUUGUAACUUUGUCACUAUUCUCCAUGUUGGAUUACAACGUGUGAAGUCCAGCUUGUACCUCCCCAGCCUAUAAUCACUUUCAUGAGGUCACACCAAUGAUUAUGUGGGUAACAGCUUAUCGAACUGGUUCAAUGCAUUUUCAAAGAAGGACCUUCUGACAAAGCACCUAGAUGCAUCAAAGUAGGGAGUAGUAGGGAAAAUAACAGAUAUUGUUUGGGCGUGACCUUGUAAUGUAAAAUGACCAGCUACGGGGGUGCAUCCAUAUAAAACUGAUUUUGAAAUGAUCAUGGAGUGAUUACUGUGGUGGUAAAGCUUGAUGAAUAAACCGUCUUUAAUGAAUGAAUAUAACAUUGGCAUGAAAGGCUGGGUGCGACCCCAAGAAAGGGGUGUGCGGGAGAGUGUAAAACAUGACCACAGUUUCCUGUAAUAUGGGCCUCCCAUAAAACAACCAUCCAGAGACAGUGUACAGAGGAUUGUAUCUUUUUCUAAUGCUUAAUAAAGAUUGUGUACCAUUGGAA